GGAAGUAUUUAAGAAUGCGAUGGUACUAGAGGAAAAAAUUUUCUCAGAGAACCUAGGGUACGUCGCUUUGCUUCUCCGGCAGAUUCAGUCUUGCACAAAAAAAACUCCUCCCAAGUAUUGUUGCGUUGGUAAUUGCAACUUUUCAAGGAUUCUUCCGGGACAAUUGUAAAUAAAAAAGAAGUAAAACAUCCGUUGAAAAUGCGAGAACUCAUUUCAAAGGCUGAAGAGCUCAAGGUUUUCCGCUCUAACGAAGAUUGUGCUCAUGGAAGAGCGGUCACAAAAGAUUCAGAACCGAUGGAUUUGAAAGAACAUAGUUUUCAAACUUUCUUCGAGCCUUUUCGUAUCAAAUCAGUUGAGAAGAUACAACGUACCACAAGAGCUCAGCGGGUUCAGCGUCUAGAAGAGGCGAAUUUUAAUCCCUUCAUGUUGAACUCUGAAGAUAUCACUAUCGAUCUGUUGACAGAUUCUGGUACGGGCGCCAUGAGCUCCGACCAGUGGGCCGCUGUCAUGAAGGGUGACGAGUCUUACGCGGGCUCACCAAGCUACCGGAAUUUUGAAGCAGUGGUGAAAGAAAUCUUCGGCUUCCGCCACGUGAUCCCUACGCACCAGGGCCGCGCUGCCGAGAGGAUCUUAUUCCAGUGUAGUCUCAAAGAAGGGGAUGUUGUUCCAAACAACGCACAUUUUGACACAACACAGGCCAACGUAGAAAAGUGUGGAGCCAAGGCAUUAAAUUUGCCAGUCCCCGAGGCCCUAGAUGCUAAGAUUAAAGUUCCUUUUAGGGGAAACAUGGAGGUCAACAAACUAAAAGAGUUAUUGUCGGGGGAAAUGAAAGAAAGCGUUGCUAUGGUAAUGAUUACAAUUACAAACAACGCCAUUGGUGGAGAGCCCGUCAGUAUGGAGAAUAUCAAAGCGGUUUCCAAGAUCUGCCACUUGCACGGAAUCCCGUUUUUCCUCGACGCCUGCCGUUUUGCGGAAAACGCAUGGUUCAUCAAAACGCGUGAAGAGGCUUAUACAUAUCGCACGCCGCUCCAGAUAGCACGUGAGAUGUUUUCCUAUGCUGAUGGCUGUACCAUGUCUGCUAAGAAAGAUGGUCUCGUAAAUAUUGGGGGAUUUCUGGCCAUGAAUGACGAGCAUCUUGCUGACAAGUGCCGCCGGGAGUUGAUCAUAUCUGAAGGGUUUCUCACUUAUGGCGGGUUGGCGGGGAGAGACCUGGAAGCGAUGGCUGUAGGAUUGCGCGAGGUUCUGGAGGAAGACUACCUUCGGUAUCAAGUUGGAUUUGUCAAAAUGUUGGCAGAUUUACUGAAGGAACAUCACAUUCCUGUGUUAACCCCACCAGGUGGUCAUGCGGUCUACAUCGACGCAGCAGCUAUGUUGCCGCAUAUCCCCAGAGAGCAGUUCCCAGCUUGGGCUUUGGGCUGCGCUUUAUAUGUGGAAGGGGGAAUCCGAUGUGGUGAGUUAGGUGGUGUGAUGCAUGGAAAAGAUCCUAAGAUCAUAGAAAAUGACCAUGAAUUAGAAGACGACGAAAGUGGAGAACUUCUACGCCUUGCCAUACCACGAAGGACAUAUACUGAGUCACACAUGAAGUACGUCGCCGAAGUAUUGCAGUAUGUUUACAGACACAAAAGAAAGGUUAACGGAUACAGAAUCACCUGGGCACCGAAUGUACUGCGCCAUUUCAGCGCUCACCUGGAACCCAUUCCUCCAUCAGCCAAGAAAGAAGACGGGCCUGAGGAGGACGAGGUCGAUGACAUGGAGGAAUUCAUAUCACGUGUGCGUGGAAUGUCACUUCGUCGACACUCCUACCAGUUUUUGUAACUCUAGUAAACUCGUCGCAGCUUGACAUGCUCUGACGAAGGGCUAACCCUCGAAACGUCACUCUUCACGGUGGCAAAAUUUUACAACAAUAACUCAAUUAAUAAAACUUGAUUAUCUUGUUGUACGCCCCGCUCACGCAGAUAUCAACCUCGUUCCUUUUUGCAUUUGAAUGGACCUUGGCUUCGUCUCAGCCCAUAAAAAAUGUAAUAUCCAGUCAUCUUGUCCUCGCUCUCGGUCAAUCGCAUAUUUAUAUUGUAAAAUUUGUUUUAGGAUUGUGUUCAAUCAGAUAUCGCAAUCGGUUGGUUAAUUAAAGAUACUGAGCCCAAU